AUGACGCCAGAUGAAUUCAAUGUCGAAGUUCUCAUUGUUGGCGCGGGCCCUGCAGGGCUCAUGGCCGCGACCUGGAUGGCACAAACAGGAAUCAAGACCAUGUUGGUUGACCAAAAAGGACUGAGAACCCAAUGUGGGCAUGCAGACGGGAUUGAGAGUCGCACAUUGGAGAUAUUGGACAGUUUCAGGCUGGGAGAAUCUAUCUAUAGAGGUGCCAAUCUCACAAUUGACUUGUGCUUGUGGAAUCAGUUGGAGAAUGGCGAUAUACAACGUCAGACUGUGCUCAAUAAUGCGAGUCCGGGGCUUUCCCGAUAUCACGAAGCCACCUAUGGGCAGGCAAAGAUUGAGGAAAAUUUCUUGAAAUUUCUUCGGUCCAGCAACUCAGUCGAGGUUCGGUGGAACACGGCGCCUGUCAAAUUAGACAUUCUGCAAGACUACACAGACUAUCCCGUGCGAGUGGUGAUACAGACAAAACAGUCGAAUGCAGAGUGUACCUUAGCCACGGUCAACGCCAAAUACGUGGUUGGUUGCGACGGAGCCCGAAGUUGGGUCCGAAAACGACUCGGUCUUACGCUUGAAGGAAAUCAUGUGGACGAGAAUUGGGGAGUGAUUGAUGUGAUACCUGCGACCAAUUUUCCCGACAUCCGUAAAAGAUGCAUUAUAAAAUCCGAGGCUGGUCACUUGAUGAUUAUACCACGAGAAGAAAGACUAGUCCGAUUUUAUGUUCAGCUUUCUCCCGGAGCUGCCGCGCUGUUUAGGGCUGAAUAUCAUCCGAAAGCCCUGGUCGCGAUUGUGAAAGAUAUCCUGCAUCCAUAUAGCUUCGAAGCGCCUUAUAUUGAAUGGUCAACCAUAUACACAGUUGGUCAAAGGCUGUGUCCCGCUCUAUCCAAGCAUAACCGAGUGUUCCUGGCUGGUGAUGCGGUACAUACUCAUUCCCCUAAGGCUGGAAAGGGCAUGAACGUCAGCAUCCAAGACACAUACAAUUUGGGCUGGAAAUUAGCUUCUGUCAUUAAAGGAAAGACCAUACCAAGUAUCUUGCAUACAUACCAGGCCGAGCGCGGUGCAGUCGCGAGAAGACUAAUCGCCUUUGACAAACGGAUGGUCAUGGGAAUCGGGGAGAAAGAACCGAACUCAGAUUCCACGGAGCAAAAAGAAACUACUCUUCGUGCAAUUCUCAAGGAAGAGAAUACGUCUGAGUCUGGGUCGCGAACCUACUAUCAACCCAGUCUGCUUGUAACGCGAACAUGGGACGACAGACCAACCGGGAAGCGCCACAUGCUAAAGCCGAUGCUCCCAUACAGCAAAACCAAUCUUGCCACAAAGAUUGCUCUGGGGGCAAGACUACCUAAUGUAGAAGUCUUGUGUCAGAGUGACUCUCGUCCUUAUCAUAUCCAGCGACUGCUUCGGAGUACCGGAGAGUGGUACUUGCUAAUCUUGGGCGGUGAUAUAUUACAGAAGUCUCAAAUGGUUCGCCUCGAAAGUCUUGGGCUGCAACUUGGGCGAACCGACUCUCUAAUCUAUAGAAUCAACCAGCAAAAUGAUUCAGUCGGUAAAAUUUCGACUUAUCUAGUUCACUGUGCUCCCCGAAACAAAGUCGAGCUGAUGGAGUUGCCGCAAGUCUUCAUACCAUUUGACAGGAAGCUUGGAUAUAAUUAUUGGAAGGUUUUCGCUGAUAAUGAGCCGUGCAGCGAGGAAUGUGGAUCUGCUCAUGAGUUUUAUGGCGUCUCGGCGGAAGGGUGUAUGGUUCUCGUGCGUCCUGACCAACAUGUUGCAUUUAUUGGGUCGCUGGAGGACUUGCCUGAGGUCGAAAGUUUCCUCGGAAACUUUAUGAUUGCCAGUGUAGAAGGGACUGAAUGUCAAGAGUGA